UAUGAUUGUUUUCAUUGGAAUUAUUCAUUUUCAAAACACAAUUACAAAGGAUGGACAAUAAUGAUGGAUUCUUGUUCUGUUAGUGGAACAGGAAUAUCUUAUUAAUAUUUUAAUGAAAUCUCUCUAAUACAUGUCUUGCUGGCUAUAUUUCAUGUAAGUUUUAAAUAUAACCUGUUUUUACUUUAUUAUUUAAUACAGUAAAUAAUACUUUAUUUAAAUAGUGUUUUACUUCAAGCUUGAGUCAAGUUCAGAUUCCUAAAUACAGAUUUCCACAGCGAGCUUUUAUAAGUGGCUGUUUCACCCACGAUGACAAAAGUACUUGUGUGUUUAUUAGUACAGUUGUGUUUAAUAACAUAAACGUUCAUAUCCUCUAUCCACCUUUUUCUUCAAAGUGAAAGUAAGCGUAUGGGUGAGACUUCUGUUCAUGAGCCGCUGCAGGGAAAUAACGAAAGAAUUACAACGUGCAGUAAACACUAAAACUGUUUGCACUACAAAGUGUUCAUCAUCAAGAUAAUACAUUACAAUAAUACGGUAAGACUCACCAAUUUUCAAUAUUUUCAAGCAGCAAAACAAGCUGGUUUGUACAACUAAAAAAAUUAGAAUUUUUUUUUUUUUUUUUUUACAAAAUGCUGCGCUCGCUCUUUUGGGAAGAAAAAGGUGGAUGAACAUACUGUCUUUGACAUGUAUUGCCUUUAUUCGCUUUCUCUUUAUACACCAUUAACAAAUUGAAUAAAUGUUUUAAUUUUUAUUGCAACUUGAUACACACAGAAUUUCUUGACUGACAGCCGUGAGAUUUAAAUGCGAGAUUGAAUCUGAAUGACAGUGAUAAUCAUCUGACACUGUACAUGAGAACAGAUCUGCGCUUGGAGUGUCAAUAUAAUAAUGAACUUAUUCUGUAUUCUGCUUAUGUGUUUCUUUGUUCUUCAUGUUUUUAAUUUGUUCUUCAAAGAAACACAAGCAGUUGUUCCUUUUGUAGGAAGAUUGCACUUUUUGUAUAACUUUGAUAUUUUCAUAUUUAAUUUCAUAUUCCUUUCACACACAAAUAUAUACAUAUGUAUGUGCUUGUACCUUUAAGUAAAUGUGAUUUUAAUUUUUUUUUUAAUUUUUGUGUUCAUGUACUAUAAAGCAGUAAGUGGUCACCAUGUGUAGAUUAUCAUUAUUUUGCAGUAAACAAUUUGCUGUUCUAUCCAAAUCAUGUCUUUUUCACCUUUUUACAUUUGCUGAGAGCAAAAAUAUUGAUGCAUCGAGUAUCAUCAAAAUUUGGAAAAACAUUGAGAUGGUAAAUGGCUCAUGCAUCAUGCAAUCUAAUGAAUACAGCGACCAAGUUGCUGACGUUACCUUUCCUGCUGUCAAUCCGCAUCUGGCCACGCCCAUUACAAGCCUGCUUUAUCUGUCAAUCACCGCCAGGCCACACCCGCCUCAAGUACGUUCUUUCUGUCAAUCACCGCCAGGCCACCCGCCUCAAGUACGUUCUUUCUGUCAAUCACCGCCAGGCCACGCCCCUCUCGUGCGUCUUACACAAACAGCAGCAGCUCGAGAGAGUAAAUAGAGAAAAGAUGGCGGAGUUCAUUCAGCUCAACAAACCCACCGAACCGAAACCAGCGUCCCAGAACCGGGAGCACCAUCAUCAUCCUCCACCGGCCAAGAAGAUCCGACACGAGGAGAAGAUAUUUAAAGCCAAGAAGAUGAACGGAGACACGGAGCAGCAGAAUUACAGCAGCAAACCGAAAAACAAGAAAACCAAAACCGAGAAAGACCGAGACCGAGAGAAGGAUAGAGAGCGAGAGAAAGGCAAAGAAAAAGAGAGGAAGAAACACAAAGUGGCGGCUGAAAAUCACCUCGGUGUGAAGAAGGAGAACGGAGAGCUGAAGCUGUCGCAGAAAGACCACAUUAUCAAAGACAAAGAGAAACAGAGAGACAGAGACGGCGAGAAGAAGAGAGAGAGAGAGAAGGACAGAGAAAAAGAGCAGGAGAAAGAGAUGAAGGAGAAAAGAAAGCAUAAGCUGAUGAUGGAGAUGAAGAGAGAGAAUGGAGAGGUGAAGAUCCUGCAGAAAGGUGACAGAGAGAAGCCGAAGAUCGACUCUGCUGAGGAUUUGCUGAUGAAAAAGAUCAAGAAGAAAAAGAAAAAGAAACACAAAGAAGGUGAAAAGCGGAAGCGGCCCAAGAUGUACAGCAAAUCUAUCCAGACGGUGUGUUCUGAUCUCCCCAAAUCUGGCUCAGAAUUCAAGCCGCCGCCUCCAGUCCAGCAGGGCGGCGCUCUGAGCUCCGUCAGUGGCCUGAAGCAGGAGAACAGCGCCGGCGAGGUCAGAGCCGCUAAACUGCCCGGGCUGGACCGGCUGGAGUUCGGCUGUCUGGUUCACGUGGAGCACCAGCCCAACGGAGGCGCUCUGGUGGCUCACGCCUACAGCAAGGAGCUGUCUGUCCUGUCUCCUGUGGAGAUGCAGAGGUUCGCGCAGGAGUUUGUGACGCUGGCGUUUAGCGAGGACCAGGAUGGAGCCGCUAACUACGUGAUGGGUGUGAUUCACGGCGCCGCCUCCUACCUCCCAGACUUCCUGGAGUACUUCUCUACCAAGUUCCCCAACUCGCCCGUCAAAAUGGAGAUCCUGGGGAAGAAGGACAUCGAGACGACUACUAUGGCAAACUUCCACACUCAGGUGAGGAGGAGUUACUCUCACGGGACGUACCGCGCCGGCGCUAUGAGGCAGAUCAGUCUGGUGGGUGCCGUGGACGAGGAGGUGGGCGAUUUUUUCCCAGAGUUCCUCAACAUGCUGGAGAAGUCGCCCUUCCUGGAGCGGACGCUGCCAUGGGGGACGUUCUCCAGUCUGAAGCUGAAGAGUCCGACAGAGAGUGACGAUGGGCCCAUCAUGUGGGUUCGGCCCGGAGAGCAGAUGAUCCCGGUCACAGACAUGCCAAAGUCUCCCUUCAAACGGAAACGGUCGACUAAUGAAAUUAAGAAUCUUCAGUAUCUGCCGAGAGCCAGUGAGCCGCGCGAGAUGCUGUUUGAGGACCGGACCAGAGCUCAUGCUGACCACAUCGGUCAAGGGUUCGAACGCCAGACCACUGCUGCUGUGGGAGUGCUGAAAGCUGUCCGCUGCGGGGAAGGUCCUGAGCCUCCACGCAUAACCAAAGACGUGAUCUGUUUCCAUGCGGCUGAUUUCCCUGAUGUGGUGCAGCGGCUGCAAUUAGACCUGUAUGAGCCGCCUCUGUCUCAGUGUGUGCAGUGGGUGGAUGAUGCUAAACUCAAUCAGCUCAGGCGAGAGGGAAUCCGCUACGCUCGUAUCCAGCUUUACGAUAAUGACAUCUACUUUAUCCCUCGCAACGUAGUUCACCAGUUCAAGAGUGUGUCGGCGGUGUGCAGCCUCGCCUGGCACGUGCGUUUGAAACAGUACCAUCAGCAGCCCGAGCAAGAGGAGGCUCGUGAGGAAGGCGUGGAGCUGAAGCAGCACAUCAAGCUGGAGUCGGCUUGCGAGAACGGCAGAGCUGCGAACACAGACUGCAGACCAGCGCCAGAAUCACCGUGCGUAACGCAAUUAAAGAUGGAGCGGGUGGAGCUGCUCGCUGACAGACCACCCAAGCCUCCUCCUGGAAGUCACAGCUUGACUCCGCCUCUUGUCUCUUCUUCUGAUGGCCGAUCCAAAGCGCACCACACGGCAGAAUGUCCAAGCACUCCAUCACGCAACCCCACAGCCGGUCCACACACACCCAAACACACACCAGCACCAACCAAACACACACACACGUCAACACCAACCAAACACACACACACCUCCACAUCCAGAUACCUCCAUUCUUCCUCUGUCCCCAAACCGGGCCACACAUCCUCAACAUCAACUAAACUCAGCCAUUCUGCCAACACAACCAAACCCACACAACCCAUUAACACAACCAAACCAACACAACUAGCUAACAUAACCAAACCAACACAACCCACUAAUGCAACCAAACCCACACAACUGGCUAACACAACCAAACCCACACACUCUGCGAACACAGCCAAACACACACGCUCCACACUAAUAACCAAAACUGGCCCCAAACUGAGCUCUGGACUGUCAAUCAGCUGGACUGCUCCGCCCCUGGCCCUGCCCCAGGCCACGCCCCCUCUGAGGCCGGACCGCCCCCCAGACUCUCUGCACCCAAAGGCGGUCAGAGCUCACCCGCAUGAACCACACAAAGACUUUUUAUACUGAUUUGUACCGAACAGUUUUCAAAUGGCGCUUCAUUCAAUCACUUUAUUUCUACUGUCUACUGGAUUUUCUUUCUUUGUAAUCGGUCUGACAAGAGCAGAGAAUCCAUGACUUCUGUAGGACGGGAUCAACAUCUGUCUCUGUCUCUCUCCUGUUACUGGUUGUCAACAUGGCAAAUGUAGCUCGUAAC